AUGAUAGUAAGAAGAGAUCGCAUUCAUCAUCAAGGGAAAACUAAUAGAGACUUUAAGUAUACUAUUUAAUUUUAUAAAAGGAUGUUAGAUUCAUAAAAAAAUACUUUGAAUAAUCAAAAUAGUUCUUAAGAUGGAGAUAGAAUCACUUCAUUAUCUAUUCCAAAAAAUAAAAAGUUUUCAGAAAUAUUAGACUAAAAAUCUAAAAGGAUUGUAUAAUGCAAAGAUCCAGUAGAGGAGACUAGGAAUUCUGCUAAGAAAUUUAAUUAACAUCAUUUAAUUGGUUAUCCUAGGUAUAAAAAGUUAAAAUAUUCAAUCUUAGGUUUUCUUAGUUAGAAGAGAAGGAAUUAAUGAAAAGAGUAUUUUGUGGUGAUUCUAAUACACUUUUUUUAAAUGAAGAACAUAGAUAGAAUUAAGAAAGUCCAAUUGAUACAAAAUGUAUUAUUGAUUAUGAAUAAAAUUAAAAUAGAAGAAUAAAAAGAGAAACUAGCAUAAUAGAAACGAGAAGAGAAUACAACAGGGAUUUAAGAGACUUAAUUAGUAGGGUUAGAAAAUAAGAAUACAUUAGAAGGGAAAGUAGAUAUAGAAAAGGUUAGAGAUAUUAGAAGAGCUAUAAGAAGAAGAUAUGCAAAUAGAAAAAACUUUUAAAAAAUAUUUAAUUUAUGGGAUGA